UUACUUUCAUGUCAAGCAGAAAACCCAUGACGAUUGAAUUAUAUUCACAUUUAUUUUGAUAAACAAGCAGCAGUCAUCGACCAGCAGAAAUGCAAGAGAAGGUAAUGGAACAGAGUUGCCGACAAGCACCAGCUUUAGCUGAAAACCCCGCGCCUCAAAAAACUGAUCGCUUGGCCCAGUCUUUUGACUCGAUCAGGAAGUAUAUGUUCAUUACUGGAUCAGCACUAUUAGUAUUCAUUGCACUUCGUAACUCCCUGACAUGGCAUCUGCAGCGGUUCUGGGGAGCCUCAGGGAACUUUUGGCAGUACCGAUGGGAGCAGGUUUAUGAUUACUGGGAAGGCGACGCCUGGACCUUAGCUGUGAUUGGUACUGUUGUUGUGACUACCAUUCCAUAUUGGUUGUUUGCCUCAAUGUUUUUAUUCAUCGACUAUACUGGUAAACCUGCUUUUCUGCUAAAGUACAAGACGCAACCAGAAAAAAAUGCACCGGUUGAUCCAGUUCGUUUUCGUAACGCAAUCCUGACUGUUAUAUUCAACCAAACAGUUUUCUCGGUACCAUUUAUAUGUGUAAUGUACCACAUCUAUACAUGGAGAGGUGUGGAUUUUGGUCGUGAAUUGCCGACAUUUCAGUGGGUUAUAUUUGAGCUGGUUGUCUUCAACCUGGUAGAAGAGUUUGGAUUCUAUUACACUCACAGGACAUUACAUCAUCCAGCUCUCUACAAGCACAUCCAUAAGUUACACCAUGAGUGGACAGCACCUAUAAGUGUUAUAUCUCUGUAUGCUCACCCAGUUGAACACAUCUUAUCAAAUAUGCUGCCUCCUAUGCUGGGACCACUUAUAAUGGGAUCACAUAUAGCAACUAGCUGGUUGUGGUUUGUCAUUGCUUUGCUAUCAACCAAUGUUGCUCACUGCGGAUACCAUUUCCCACUGUUGCCGUCUCCUGAAGCACACGACUUUCACCAUCUAAAGUUCACUAAUAACUUUGGCGUCCUUGGAGUAUUGGAUCGGCUACAUGGAACCGAUGAACAAUUCCGUGCUAGCAAAGCUUACCAACGUCAUUUUAUGCUUUUAUCCUUGACACCGGUAUCCCAGCAAUUCCCGGACAGUCCAAAGAAGAAAUCAGAAUAAAGCAUUGGUUUACCCACGGUUACUAAAAAAGACGGUUAGGAAACGAACCAUGUUCUUUUCAUUGGAUGCGUGUCGCGGGUAAACAUUUGAAACAAAAGACGUACUAAUCUGUGAUAAAUCAUUAACAUAAAAUGUAGACAGGAAAUCACACAAUUAUGACGUCAUUUUCCCCAGAGUUCAUUACAAUCAACAACUGCAUGUCAUUUUAUUAUGUCUCUGUCGAUAUUUUCAGUAAUACUAAAGUGUAAGUUGUUCCAGUGAAUCCUGACAAAACCUGUCGCUCGGUUUAAACUCAAUACAAAUUCGCCUGUCUUGUAUGGCAUUUUCGUUUCUAAAUAACAAGAUCGGCAGAAAACUGAAAUAAAAAACCAACAAAACAUGAUCAGAAAAAAAGACGUCAAAGAAACCAUACAAGUGUUUAUAUUUCAGCCAGGCGAAAGUUUUA